UGGGUUGCUUCUCGUUGUCAUUUCCACCAGUCAGGAGACUGAGGAGAGUCGGUAGGAACCGCGGCUGUAGUCGGAGCCGUUAGCCAUAUUCAUUUUGUGGAAAUUAUUUGCAUACUUUCACCUCCCAGACGGCUGGAAAGAGACUUAAAGUAGUGGAAGAAAACAAACGAGGAACGUGAUUGAAGACAAGACAUCCAAGAAGGAGGUUUCCUUUGGAACAUCCGAAAAGGGGGAGAGAGAAAAAAAAAAAAAUAAACCACAUUUUGGAGGAAGAGUUUCUGCGCUCCCCAGUUGUGGAUUUCCCAGGCGGGAGGUGUGUGCUCAAAGACUGCGAUGCACCGCUUAAGGACUUGUGCUUCUCGGCUGAGGCCCCUGACGGCCUCUCAGACUGUGCAGAACGCCACGCAGCCGAGACAGGGGCCGGGCCCAAGGACGUUUCAGCCAAUGAGGUGCUACACUGCGCCUGUGGCUGCUGAGCCCUUCCUCAAUGGCACCAGCUCCAACUACGUGGAGGAGAUGUACUACGCCUGGCUGGAGAACCCCAAGAGUGUGCAUAAGUCUUGGGACAUUUUCUUCCGGAAUGCCAACGCAGGGGCCCCCCCGGGCGCGGCCUACCAGAGCCCCCCCCCGCUGGGCGUCAGCCUGUCGGGGCUGGUGCAGGCGCAGUCUCUGGUGGGGGCCCAGCCCAACGUGGAGAAGCUGGUGGAGGACCAUCUGGCCGUGCAGUCCCUUAUCCGUGCCUACCAGAUCCGUGGGCACCAUGUGGCUCAGCUGGACCCCCUGGGGAUCAUGGACGCCGAUCUGGACUCGUGCGUUCCCACCGACAUCAUCACGUCCUCCGACAAACUCGACCUCGUGGUUUUCAAGAAGCGCCUCAGUGCUCUGACAGUCGGAGAGUCUGAUUACAAAUCCCAUUUUAAGAUUUGUUCGAAAGACUGGGAGUCCGGGUUUUACGGGCUGGAUGAGUCCGACCUGGACAAGGUGUUCCGCCUCCCCACCACCACCUUCAUCGGGGGCAGUGAGAGUGCCCUGCCCCUCCGCGAGAUCAUCCGUCGCCUGGAGAUGGCGUACUGCCAGCACAUCGGGGUGGAGUUCAUGUUCAUCAACGACCUGGAUCAGUGCCAGUGGAUUCGGCAGAAGUUCGAGAAGCCCGGAGUGAUGCAGUUCACUCUGGAGGAGAAGAGGACCCUAUUGGCCAGAAUGGUCCGCUCCACCAGGUUCGAGGAGUUCCUCCAGAGGAAGUGGUCGUCGGAGAAGCGCUUCGGGCUGGAGGGGUGCGAGGCCCUCAUCCCCGCCCUGAAGACCAUCAUCGACAAGUCGAGCGAGAACGGCGUGGAGAACGUCGUCAUGGGCAUGCCCCACAGGGGCCGUCUGAACGUCCUGGCGAACGUGAUCCGGAAGGAGCUGGAGCAGAUCUUCUGCCAGUUCGACUCCAAGCUGGAGGCUGCAGACGAGGGCUCUGGAGAUGUGAAGUACCACCUGGGCAUGUACCACAGGAGGAUCAACCGUGUGACGGACAAGAACAUCACGUCACUCAUGGCCAACCCCUCCCACCUGGAGGCGGCGGACUCCGUGGUGCAGGGCAAGACCAAGGCGGAGCAGUUCUACAGCGGGGACAACGACGGGAACAGGGUGAUGUCCAUCCUGCUUCACGGCGACGCGGCCUUCGCCGGCCAAGGCAUCGUGUACGAGACGUUCCACCUGAGCGACCUGCCGGACUACACCACCCACGGCACCGUGCACGUCGUCGUUAACAACCAGAUCGGCUUCACCACCGACCCGCGCGUGGCGCGCUCCUCGCCCUACCCCACGGACGUGGCGCGCGUGGUCAACGCCCCCAUCUUCCACGUCAACGCCGACGACCCCGAGGCGGUGAUGUACGUGUGCAACGUGGCGGCCGAGUGGAGGGCCACCUUCCACAAGGACGUGGUGGUGGACCUGGUGGGCUACAGGAGGAACGGACACAACGAGAUGGACGAGCCCAUGUUCACGCAGCCGCUCAUGUACAAGCAGAUCAAGAAGCAGAAGAACGUGCUGCAGAAGUACGCCGAGAAGCUCAUCGCCGAGGGGGCCGUCACGCGCCAGGAGUACGAGGAGGAGAUCGCCAAAUAUGACAAGAUUUGCGAGGAGGCUCACGCUCGCUCCAAGGAUGAGAAGAUCCUCCACAUCAAGCACUGGCUGGACUCGCCUUGGCCUGGUUUCUUCACCCUGGACGGGCAGCCCAAGAGCAUGAGCUGUCCCUCCACUGGGCUGCCGGAGGAGGAGCUGGCUCACAUCGGCCAGGUGGCCUCGUCUGUGCCUGUGGAGGACUUCACCAUCCAUGGAGGUCUGAGUCGCAUCCUGAAGGGCCGGGGGCAGAUGAUCAACCGCACGGUGGACUGGGCUCUGGGGGAGUACAUGGCCUUCGGCUCCCUGCUGAAGGAGGGCAUCCACGUGCGGCUCAGCGGCCAGGAUGUGGAGAGGGGCACCUUCAGCCAUCGUCACCACGUUCUUCACGACCAGAAUGUCGACAAGAGGAUCUGCAUCCCCAUGAACCACGUCUGCCCCAACCAGGCGCCCUACACCGUGUGCAACAGCAGUCUGUCUGAGUACGGAGUGCUGGGGUUCGAGCUGGGCUUCGCCAUGGCCAGUCCCAACGCGCUGGUCCUGUGGGAGGCGCAGUUCGGGGACUUCCACAACACGGCCCAGUGCAUCAUCGACCAGUUCAUCUGCCCCGGCCAGGCCAAGUGGGUCCGGCAGAACGGCAUCGUGCUGCUGCUGCCCCACGGCAUGGAGGGCAUGGGCCCUGAACACUCCUCUGCUCGCCCAGAGAGGUUCCUGCAGAUGUGCAACGACGACCCGGACGUGUUCCCCAACAUCACAGAGGACUUUGCCGUGCGUCAGCUCUAUGACUGUAACUGGAUCGUGGUGAACUGCUCCAAUCCCGCCAACUACUUCCACGUGAUGAGGAGGCAGAUCCUGCAGCCUUUCAGGAAGCCUCUCAUCAUUUUCACUCCCAAGUCGCUGCUGCGUCACCCCGAGGCCAAGUCCAACUUUGAUGACAUGCUGACAGGUACUAACUUCCUGCGCAUGAUCCCAGACGAGGGCCCGCCGGCCCAGAAUGCCGAGGGGGUGAAGCGCCUCAUCUUCUGCACGGGGAAGGUUUACUACGAGCUCCUCCGUGAGCGCAAGACCCGGGAGAUGGAGGACACGGUGGCCAUCGCUCGCAUCGAGCAGCUGUCUCCGUUCCCCUUUGACCUCGUCAAGGCGGAGACUGAGAAGUACCCGGGGGCGGACCUGGUGUGGUGCCAGGAGGAGCACAAGAACCAGGGUUACUAUGACUACGUCAAGCCCCGCAUGCGCACCACCAUCAACCGCACCCGCCCCGUCUGGUAUGCGGGUCGUGAUCCGGCUGCAGCUCCAGCCACAGGAAACAAGCACACCCACCUGCUGGAGCUGAAGCGCUUCCUGGACACUGCCUUCAACCUGGACGCCUUCGCCGAGCACAUCUAACCCCCUGCCCUUCCCCGUCCCGUCCCAGGAUACCGCACAAACGCCUCCGUCCCCCUGUCCCGUCCCUCACAGUGCCCCCCCCCCCCCCCCCCCCCCCACGGCGCCCCUCAUCAGCCAGUCAACAGUCAUCGCCUCCUUCACCUCCUUCACAGACAUUACCCCCGUCUCUCCCCGUGAGCAGUCCUUCCCCCCGGAGGACUGCCGUUUCCACUGUAGAUCACGAUCAAAUGCACACAUCUGCUCCAUAAAUACAGACGCCAUGAUACCGUGUCUCCCAUUCUUUAUUCCCUUCCCCGGUUCCUGUUCUUUUACAGUGUCUGUCUGUUACCGGUGACCUUUUUUUUUUUUUUUUUUUUUUUUUUUUUCUUCUUCUCUGGUUCUUCACCCUUAUAACCAAAGCUCAUACCGUACCUGUGAGGUAACACCUUAGAGAGUAGUGCUUGUGAUUUUUUAUAUUUUAGUGCAGAUAGUGUCUCCUGAAGCCAUGGGGAGUUACUGUUGUUAUUCGUCACAAGCCUCAGACCACAGACGCUUUCUCUGGUGGCAAGGCUGCAGGGGAUUCUGGGAUGGGUGAUGUCACAGUGCUCCCGGUGCAUUUCACCGGUCCUGCAGACGACUGCUGUUCUGCUCUUAGUGCAAACAAUAAAACUCACCCCCCCCCCCCCCCCCCCCCCCAAUUCCGUAGGGCUUUCCCCCUCGCAGAAGCGCAGAAGCUACUGAAGUCUAACUUUCCUCAGAAAUAGGUUUCAUUUGUUCUGAUUGAUUUCAUUUACUUGCGUAUCCUUUUUUUAUUUUUUUAUUUACCGUUAGUAUGAGCUCGGCACUUCAGAAGAGGCGUGGAAGUCUCUGCGUUCUCCUUUGAGGUUCUUGCCAGCGAUACAUUUAUCUUCUCUCCUUGCACUGCUGCUCGUUAGAGCAUCUGAAAUUUUAAUGAGGGUAAAAUGUGAAUUGACUUUUAGGAUGACUGCACUGUAUCUAUACGUUAGGUAUAUUGACACUAGAGGUGCCGUUUGUACGUUAAUAUGAAUGUUGGAGCAUUCGGGGCGAUGGCUUCUCCUGCUUUCCCCGAGUUUAAACUGACCACUUCUCUCCUCUGCCUCUCACCAGCUCAAACAAAACAGUUUUAUUUUGAAAGUUUGUGGCAUCUGCCCUUCAUCUUUCUCCCUUCCCUUUCUCCCUCUCUCACUACCUCCCUCUUCGCUUUUCUCUCCGGUGCCAAAAGAAAAAUGAUACUUUUUAACGGAUUAGGAAAAUUAAAAGAUUACUAGGAGAAAGGUGGGGAAAAAGAAAUCAACGGUCGUUCUGAAAGAAGUAGAACUUUCUAGAAGCAAGAUGAAUGGGGGGAAAAAAGGAAGCAUUAUUUGGAACUCUGGGACGAAGCAUCCAAGUUAUUUAUUUUCAAAAUGGGUGAUUUCGCGUUUUUUCCGCUAUUAUUUUGCUGCAUUCAAUAAAGACAUUACCUUCUCA